AAUUGAAUCUUUUUACAAGUCUAGAAUAAAUUCUUGGAAACAAUGGUCAAUCAAGACAAUAAAGGAGAAGCAGAUUUGAGGGCAUAAGAAAUUGUCAAAUUGAUAUAUUUCAAUACCGAUGUAUAAAUACCCUGGAAAAUGCUCAUUCUCUGUUGAAGAAAGUGCUUGUACAAAUAUCAGAGCCAGUACAUAAGUAAACAUAUAAGCACAUAUGCAGAAAAUUGAUCCUUCUCUACUUUUAUGUCUUCCUGGCCAUUUGGUCAUUCCAAAGGAUCUACCACCAAGAGCUGCCAUUGAAUCUCCAAUUCCAACAAAGAUGAGCCCUGAUAA